CCGACGAGAACGCAGUUGCAGUGAGCAACACAUCUCUGCUUGACACCGCCUUCGAGCUACACAAUAACCAAUCAUCGGUCGGCAUACUCAGCUCCAUGGAUUCAUCUACCAAUCAACUCGCUGUUCACAUUAAAGUCACUCCUUCAACUUCCUAGCGGGAAGCAGCUAUCGGGGACUGUACUAAGGGUGCAGGAAUUGAGAGUAAACGAGCCCUUUCGCAUGAUGAGACUGUCCCGGGCUGAAUAUAAAGCGAUAGUGCGAUGGACUGAACACCUGAGACCUACACGUCAGUGUAUGAAGAUGCUGAAGGACAGGUUUCCGAGUCACUCGCAGUCCACUCUUCUGAGCAUCUUCUCCCUGGAGUACCAGAAGCGGAUCAAAAGGACAAUCUCAAGACACCAUGUGCCGGAUGUUAUUGAAAGCUACUACCAAAGGUAUCUGAGUGAAGCCAAGGCACAGCCUACUGCUCCUGUCCUGCUUGAAUUGGCCAAUGAGGUGGAUCUGUCUCCUGCGUUGAUGGCUCGUAUCAUCCUAGACAGGUUCCUUCAGGGCCAGGAUGGUGGAAUGCCCUCUAAAACAGUCCUCAACAGCAUGCUGAAGGAGCCAUCUUCAAUUCCAGACCAGAUUUUGGCCAAUAAUGUCUACCAGUGCACAAUAAAUGACUGCUGUUAUGGACCGCUGGUAGACUGCAUCAAACACGCCAUAGGCCAUGAGCAUGAAGUGCUGCUCCGGGAAAAACUCAAGGAGAAGAACCUUUCAUUUCUGGAUGAAAACCAUCUGAGAACUAUGGGCUAUGACAAAACACCUGAUAUCAUCCUGGAGGUUCCAGUUGCUGUGGAAGGACACAUUAUACACUGGAUUGAGAGCAAAGCCUCUUUUGGAGAUGAUCAAAGCCAUCAAACCUACCUCAAUGAACAGUUCUGGAGCUACUGGAACAGGUUUGGUCCAGGCCUUGUGAUAUACUGGUAUGGUUUUAUUGGAGAGCUGGAUUGCCAGAGAGACAGAGGUAUCCUACUCAAAGACUGCUUCCCCACAGACAUUGUCACCCUGUGCCAUGCCACGCAGCAAGACAAAUCACCAGAGAGCCAGAAUAAGGACGAAGAGUGAGGAAAGAUCAGAACUGAAGCAAGUAAAGAUGAGAGGAUGAAUGGGAGGAAAGAGGGAGGACAACAAGGAGGUGGGAAAGGCACCAACACUGAACUAUGCAGGGGUGGAUACCUAGAUCCGGAAGCAAUUUGGCUUUCCUGCAGUGUGAGGCUACUGGCAAAAAAUCUGCCCUGAACUUCACCUGACCCUCAUUCUCUGUCUGUCUCUCCCUUUCUUCCUCUCAUUCACUGCGCCAAAGCGAUCACAUGUGAUGCACACCAGCAUUCUGUAUAUGUGACAUCACCCAGAUUCAUACCUGUGAAUAAAAAAAAAAAGCUUAAUCUCAGGCUUUUCUGAUCGUGGUCAACACCUGGCUCUUGGAUGGCCUCUUGCAGUGGAGGUCACGGCGCAAGCCAGGGCCAAAGCAGGACAUAAGGCCCUUCCUUAUCACGCUCAGGCCCUGGCCUUUGUCACUCCUUCCUCCUCCGUUCCAUAGGCAGAUAAGAGAGGUGCGGUCUAGGAGCUGGGUGACGCCUGCCUCUCACCUGCGUCACUCAGUGCCCUCUCAGUCACUCUCCAGCGGGAUAAACAGGAUAGUUUCUGAUUAAGGCUGGCCUCUCAGUGACCCUUUUCACAUAUAAAAUCUAUUUUUCUUAGCUCAGAUGUUUGACAGAACUGCUCACGCUGCUGUCAGUGUUUGUUUCUUAACAAUGCAUUGAUUUAAAUAACUACAAUUAAAUAUUUACAAAUGAAUCAGCCAUAAAUCUUUAUGUUUUAGGUACAGUUUUCCACACAGGUUCCACUAAUCUUGUUAAGUGAAAAUUCUGAUAUGAUUAUAAAAAAGGAAUUCAUGUUAAAUAUAGAGUAAAAGUUAUUUGACAGUUGGGUUUCCACUAGCAGUUGUUAUCUUAUAGUAAUCAAAAUUGAAUAAAUUGUCUAUUUUUUAUGUUUAAUUGAUUUAAUAAUUUGAUCUGCAUAAAGUCAUAAAAUCAUGAGCAAUGGCCGUAACAAUUUACUUGAAGCCAUAUUGAAAUUGGGAGUAAUGUGAGACCAGCAGCCUAACAUCCAAAUGUGUUCUGUUUAAAAGAAAAUAAAAAAUAAAACAGCUUAUCCUCACAUUUGUGAAGCUAAUUGUGUUUGUAUGACCAGUGUUUAGUUAGUAAAAUAUCAAAGCUGUCAAAAGUAUUUUGAUAUUUAACUAAUUUUCUGUCAAUCUUAAACAACUAGUUUAUAUUAGCAGUAAUCGUAGUUGUAUGAAUAUUUAUAGGACUUAUGGAUUAAUGGGCCUAUUGAGACAGAUGAGGUCAUGGUCAAAUAAUUUAAGAAAAUUAAUUAGAGCUAUAUGACUUGUUACAUUGUUAUAACUAAAUAAAGAGAAAAGCUGAUGAGAUUAGAAUCAGUGUUUGUUACAUUCUAUCCCACAUUUAACCUGUAAUAAUUUAAACUAAAACUAUUCCACUU